AAUGUCUCAAGACUCCGACUCCAAUGCAGCAGCACCACAAGUUAAGAAUAAGAAAGUGACGAAAUCUUCCCCAACUCACUUUCUUGCCGUUCAAAUUAAUAAUCAAGAGAUAAUACAAAAGUUAGCAAACAUUCAAAACGAAAUUAAACAAAAGUUGCCAGUGUUAGAAAAAGUUAUGGUUUUACCAUCGAAGAGUCACGUGACUCUUUUUGUUAUGCACUUACCUAACGAGAACGAUAUAGAAAAAGCUAAAGAAGUGCUUUCAUCCUUUGAAAAAUUUCCCGAAAGUUUACAAUUCACUGUUCAAAAUAUUAAUAACUUUGGAAAGAAUGUUGUCUUUGCGGAUAUCAAUAAGGAUAAUGACGAUUUUAAUAAAUUGAAAACAUUACGCAAUGACUUAAAGAAUCAUUUCGAAGAAAAUGGCCUGAAUGUAAGCGGUAAACAAGAAUUUCAACCUCAUUUAACAAUAAUGAAGAUAAGUAAAGCUGCUAAAAAAUAUCAAAAAAAGUUAAAGUAUAAAAUACCAGAAGAAUCUUGGAUAAAGUACAAAGAGGAUGAAAUUAACUUUGGUGUAGAAAGAGUAGACACAAUACAACUUAACUCUAUGUCAGGCACUAAUGAAGAUGGAACUUAUUACUUUGUUGAGAAGGAAGUAAAGUUAAAGAAUGAUUUAUGA